AUCGAGGAGAAGCUUGCGUUUCUAUCGAACUUAGAAUUUUUCAGUGAAAUCACAGGAAGCAAUGGCAUUGUAUAUCAAUUUGCCAAGCAUAGCAGAGGAGAAAUUGUACAUUGACGAGGAUACGGAGUAUAAAUAUUUUCAAAGUGACCUUUCACAUGAAGCAUGGACAGAAAACAAAAUUUUCGAAACAAGGACCCCACUCAACAAAGAAACGAGUUAUUGGGUGAAACUUUGUCAGGAAAACAUGAAGGAAAAGAGCAACGUUCAGCAAGAAAUAGUAAACAUGAGAAUUUCUAUGGAGGCGCGAGAUGUAUGGAAACUGAAAGAAUUUACGAUGUAUGAGCGCCUGUUUGAGACUGAAGAAAAAUUAAAAGACGCGCGUCACCAGUUCCAAAAGACUGCGUCAGACAUGGAAGAUUGGGCGUCACUGGAAUAUCUUUACUGGAGAAGAGACACAGCAUUGGAGGAACUGGGGGAAAUGCGUCAACAAAUGAAGCGUUCCGUGAAGCAUCAUUCUAUCCAGGCCGUAUAUAAUCAGGACAAGCCAACAAAGUUACCUCAAAUUAAGAAGGCCUUCAGAGGAAAGACUGUAAAGGAAACAAACCGUCCGAUAAGCACAGUUCUCUCCCCUUUGGAACCAGUUGUACAAAGUCCUAAAAAUGGAAUAAAAGGUUCACCGAAAGCAACACAACAAAGACUUAGAGGCGGGGUCCAAUUGCAAGAGACAAUCGACAAUGAUAUGGAGGGAGCUCAUAGCAAACUGCCCAUAAGAAACCCUAAAUUAUCAACCGAAGAAUUCCUUUCCUUCUGGUCUUCAAAGAAAAUUGGAUCAGUUCAACGAAGUAAAUUACCAGUUCCAAAUCUUCAGAAAAGUAAUGAUGGGGACAUCUCCCAUGGCACAAACAUCUUUGGAUCUCUGUCUAAGAACAAGAUUCCUUUGAAAAAAUCUGUGAUUUGUUCUCCUGUGAAUUCGAUCUCGGAAAACGAUCUUAAUUCUGAAAAGAUUCCAGGGAAAGAGAAACUGGCCAUGGUACACGCAGACGGUAAUCCCGGUUUGCCACUCUCGCCGAUUCCACCAGUCGGCAACCACAGAGUGGGAACAUCUACUCAUUUACGAAGGCGUCAUUUCAAGAGUAAAUAA